CACAUGCAUCAUCUGAUGCAUCGCGUAGCUCGCAGUCCCAGCGCUCGUGUCGCGUCGUGGCGUCCUCGGGACGUAAAUAAUAGGAAAAUAUUCUCUUCUGGCCUGCACGGAGCAUCGACCCGCACACAACCUGUUGUUUUCGUCGAUCGUACAGUACGUCAAAACAAUGGGCCUACUCUUGUUGAUACUCCUGGCCGCCGUCGGGGUGGCCCUGACGACGAUCUACCUGGCCCCGUGCUCGCAGCCUCCGCCGGUGCUCGAGGAUACGUACUGGGGUCCCGGCAAGCCACCGGCGAAGCUAGACACGAGCAUCAGGCCGUUCCAGAUCACGUUCGAGAAACAGAUGAUCGAUGAUCUCAAGGCAAGAUUGAAUAACACGCGUACCCUGCAAGAACCAUUGGAAGGUGCCGCCUGGACUUACGGUGUCAACAGUAAGACGGUGCCCGGCAUAACCGAGUAUUGGCUCAAUAAAUACGACUUCCAGAAGCGAGAGAAACAUCUCAACAAGUUCCCGCAAUUCUUGACCAAUAUUCAAGGUCUGGACAUCCACUUCAUCCACGCGAAGCCCCAACUGCCUAAAAACCGUAAGAUCGAGGUUCUGCCGCUCUACCUGCAACACGGCUGGCCCGGCUCGGUCGUCGAGUUCUGGAAGGUCAUCGAGCCGCUGACCACACCGCGUCCCGAUCGCGACUUCGUCUUCGAGGUGAUCGCGCCGUCGCUGCCGGGCUUCGGCUACUCCCAGGCCGCGGCCAAGAUCGGCCUCGGCGCCGUCGAGAUGGCCCACCUCAUGAAGAAUCUCAUGCUGAGGCUCGGCCACCAGAAGUUCUACGUGCAGGGCGGCGACUGGGGCGGCAUCAUCGCGGCCAACAUGGCAGCCAUGUAUCCGGAGCACGUGAUCGGCCUGCACUCGAACUUCUGCUCCGUCAUGAGGCCCUGGACUUUCCUCAAGACCUACCUGGCCUCGUUCGCGCCGUCGCUGUUCUUCACCGAGUACGACAUCUCGAAGCUGUACCCGAUGGGCGCCAAGUACGCCACUCUGCUCGAGGAGUCCGGCUACUUCCACAUCCAGGCGACCAAGCCCGAUACGGUGGGCGUCGCUAUGGCCGAUUCGCCCACCGGCUUGGCCACUUACAUCCUCGAGAAGUUCUCGACGGCGACGCACCUGGACUACAGGAAGAGGGACGACGGCGGUUUACUGGACAAGUUCGGCAUGGACGAGCUGUUGGAUAAUUUGAUGAUGUAUUGGGUGCCGAACAAGGCCGCGAGCUCGUUCCGUAUCUACGCGGAGACCUUCAAUUCCAAGAUGGCCAAGUACGGCAUGGAGAACGUGCCAAUAAACGUGCCAGCCUACUGCGCCCAAUUCCCUAACGAGAUCACCUACCAGCCCAAAUCUCUGCUCAGCGAUCGCUUCAAGAAUCUCGUGGGCGUCGCUCCGCAGCCGCGUGGCGGCCAUUUCGCCGCCAUGGAGGAGCCCCGGCUGUUCGCCGACGACGUCUGGGCCGGCGUGAAGGCGAUCCGCGACAAACUGCGAGCGGCCGCGUCGAAGAAGAGCUCCGAGGAGAAGAAGCCGAAGAACAAGAAAACCGAGAUGUAGAUCGCGUUCUCUUUCUUUUGUUUACGUCGAGUCUGUGAUACACCGAGAUGUGUUUUUUUCUUUUUUGUAGAAUUGCUCUCUCUGUGGUGCUAGUGUCCAUAUAUGUACAAUAUUGUUUCUCUUUCUAAGUAUUGAAUGUAUUGUGAAAUGUUUUAUAAUUUUUUUUCUGUUUUUGAUCAAAUUGAAAAAUAUUGUUUUCUUGUAUUAUCGCUGUUUUAUUAUUCCGGUACAUGUGAACGAUGAUGACUCAAUCAUUGGGCUUGUCGUUAAAACAUUUUGUUUCCGACACUCAGAUAAAUCAAUCAAAGUGUUUUCCUCAUUAAUAUACGAAAUAAAUAAAUUAACAAAUA